AUAUCACACUUGUUCCGCGAAUUUACGGGAUCAAUAGUAUCUGAUGCGUAUUCAAGACGGGAUUCCGUACGAGGGCCAGGUCGCGUUCACUCCACUCGAUGGCCACAGGCAAAUGCAUCUAUUCCUAUUCUCUUUGCACCUAGUG